AUGUUUGAUGUUAACCAAGUCAACCCGAGAAAGCACGGUGAGAAAGAAGAACAGAAUCUAACUGUUUAUGAAUACACCUCUGCAGAUCAUCAUAAAUGCACCAGUGAUAAAGAAACGCUUGCAUUGUGUCAUUACCUAAAGUGUGAUUUACCUUAUGCAGUAACCCACCCAUCAGACCCGUGCUACGAUCCCUUCCCCGCAGGCGAACACCGGGAUUUACCACCCAGCAGUAGAGAUAAAAGGGAGCAGCUAUCUGGUGAAUCGAUUAAAGUGCAAUAG